ACAAAACACAACACAGCAAUAGUAGCCUACACAAAAAUGGAUAAGUCUUCUCUGCUCUCUCUUUGUCUUUGCUUUCUCGUUAUCUUUCAUUGUUGUGUUGCUCAAAUAGAGCAAGUAACAUCAUACGAUGGAGAUCAUCACCGUCAAAGGCUAAAUCGCGCCCAGCAGGACCAGUGCCGACUGGACAACCUAAACGCUGCCGAGCCUUCUCGAAGUUUCCAGUCAGAGGCUGGUGUCACUGAGGUCUGGGACGAAAAUGAUGAGCAGUUCCAAUGUACCGGUGUUGUAGCCAUCCGCCAUACUAUUCAACAGCGAGGCUUGUUACUGCCCCAAUACGCCAACGGACCUAAACUCAUAUAUGUAGUUCAAGGUAAUGGUGUUCAAGGAGCUUUAAUCCCAGGAUGUCCUGAGACAUACCAGUCACCAUCAGAAUCAGAAUAUCGGGAAAGGAGACAAAGCCAAGGAGACCAACACCAGAAGGUUCGACAACUCCGAGAAGGUGAUGUCGUUGCUUUGCCAGCUGGAGUAGCUCAAUGGAUUUACAAUAAUGGCCGGUCUCCUCUUGUUCUUGUCCAAAUCAUUGACACUAGCAAUCCUGCCAACCAGCUAGAUCAAAGUCACAGAUUGUUCUUCCUUGCUGGUAACCCACAUCGAAAAGUACAGAGCCAGAGAGGUGAGUCCGAAAGAAGGCAUGAGUGGUCCAGAGGCGAAAGCCUAAGGAGUCAUCAAAGAAGCGGCAAUGUGUUUUCUGGCUUGGACGAGCAACUACUAGCUGAAGCUUUCAAUGUCAACCGGGAUAUUGCAAGAAGACUAAAAGGAGAAAAUGAUAACAGAGGGAUUAUUGUUAGUGUGGAGGGUGAGCUUGAGUACUUUAGCCCACGAAGGAACCAAGAAGAAGAAAAACGAGAGAGACAAUUCGUUAAUGGCAUAGAAGAAACUUUCUGCACAGCCAGACUCAAGCACAAUAUCAACGACCCAUCACGUGCCGAUAUCUAUAAUCCACGUGGUGGCCAUGUCACUAAUGUCAAUAGCCACAACUUCCCGAUCCUCAGACACCUCCGACUCAGCGUUCAGAAAGGUGUCCUCUUUAGGAAUGCUAUAUUUGCACCACACUGGAACAUCAAUGCGCAUAGCAUAUAUUACUUUACAAGAGGAAAUGGUCACGUCCAAAUCGUAGAUGAGAAUGGAGAUGCAGUGUUCGAUGGACAAGUUCAACAAGGUCAAAUAUUAACAGCUCCACAGAACUUUGUGGUUUUGAAGAGGGCAAGCAAUGAAGGGCUAGAGUGGGUAUCCUUCAAGACUAACGAAAAUGCACAAAUUAGCCCACUAGCAGGACGGACCUCGGCAAUUAGGGCUCUGCCAGAGGCAGUGGUUGCAAACGCAUUCCAGAUUUCCAGAGAAGAUGCCAGGAGGCUUAAGGAGAAUAGACAGGAAGUCACUGUGUUUAGCCCUGGGUCUAGAUCUCGUAAUUAAUAUUGCAACUAUGCAAUUAUACCAAGAGGAUGUAUAAUAAACUGGUUUCUACAUAGUUUAGAUUUGGAGAAGAAUAAGCCUAUUUUUAUAGGCAGUUUUAGUUCCUUGCAAUAAUAUAAAAAUGUAGAUCUGUAUAUGCCUUAUGUUAUGAGAUAAUGAAAGUUUGUGGAGCUAUAA